AUGGAGCUCAUCUUGCUGCAGGACGGGUACACGGAGGUUAUCGACGUAUGGUCCGCUGGCUGCAUCUUCGCGGAGCUCCUGGGCGCGCUGCACGGCGUCGAGGUGCGGGAGCGAGCGCCGCUGUUCCCUGGCGGCGCCUGCUACCCCCUGUCCCCCUGCGCGGACAGCGACGAGGAGCGUGGCAGCUGCUUGCCGGUCCUCUGCCGCUGCAGCCGCAGGAGGGGCCAGCUGCACCAGCGGCACGACCAGCUGGAGGUGAUCUUCGACGUGAUCGGCACCCCGUCGGACAGCGAG